UCUUUAUCGAGCGUGAUUCGAAAAUGGCGUACAGGAUUUCAAAAAUAUUUCGUCUGUUUUUGUAGAAGCAAUAUAAUUUAAACCACAUACUUAUUAACAACAGAUAAAGUAUUCAAGCUUGGGGUUUAAACAGGGAAAAAUACGAUGUUAAUAUCAUGUUAAAGAGACUUUAAUUGCUCUUUAAAUAUGUCAACAAACAAUGCAGAAGAAAGCGACGAAGAGAGCUUUGUUGUUGUAAAGUCAUCAAGGAAGACAAAAAGACGUCUUUCUGAAAGCGAAGAGGAAGCACAAGAUAAGACAACGCCAGAGAAUAAUGUUCACAACACUACACCACGGACUUCUGAACGUCUUCGCAAGAAGUCUCAGAGAGAAUACAGUAUACCCAGUCGCAAGGAAACUUUGGAUAAAAUUGAUGUCAAAAAUAUAAAAUAUGAAGACAGGAAUCUGAGACCUAGACGAUUAAUAAAUGAUUUGGUCAGAGGGUAAGUUCAUAGUUCUUUGUGAAACGCCACCUACACAGGCAAAAAUCUCGCAUCUUGUAACAAGUCUGCCAGCAAGCCAUCAACAAGAUGUAUUCACACUGCUUGUCACAAGUUGUCAACAGGUUUGGAAUAACUUGUUGACAACUUGUAACAACCUUGUCGAAAUUAUCACACUUGUUGCAAGGUUGUUCUGACAAGUCUGUUUAUACAUGCUUGAUAUAACAAGAUUGUUACAACCUUGUGUUGACAACUUUGUAACAUCCUUGUUAUAUCAUGGCUGUAACAAACUUGUUGGAACAACCUGUUAACAAAUUGUAGCAAGCUUUAUGGCAUAAUGCCUUGCAUGGUUCUUCGAGUCACGUUUGCGCCUCGCCCAUUUAGGGUCUCCGAAUAAUUGACUUUAUAAUUAGACUUUGUACAUAUACUGUAGUGGACCCUAAUAAAGACAAUAAUAAUAAUAAUUAUCAGACUUGUUACGAUGUUGUUCUGACAAGUCUGAUACAGUCGUGAUAUAACAACAAUGUUACAAGGUUGUAUUGUAAUGAUAUUGUUAUAACAACCUUGCAACAAAUUUGAUAAUAUCAACAAGGUUGUUACAACUGUUUACAAGUUGUUCCAAACUUAAUUUUGUUGACAACACAACUUGAAAUAGUUUUGGUGGGACUUAAUUAGAUCUUAUUUAAGAUCUGUUGUCCUUUUCCUUCAAUCAUUUGUUAAUAUAUGUUAGUAUAAUUACAUAGGUGAUUAUUGAAAAUUCUCCACGCUGAUUGGUUGCCGUUAAGGUGAUUAUUACGCGAUAAUCACCUAAGCGAUUUUCAAAAUGGCGGCCGAAGUCUUUUUGUCAAUUAAAUGACGAAGAAAUGUGUAUUUUCUUAUUUUUUUCCAAAUAAUCACCUAUGAAAUUAUACUAAAACAAUUAUUCACCUCAGGCUCGGUGAUUAUCGUGAAUAAAAACCUCGACUUCGUCUCGGUUUUUAUUCACCGAUAAUCACCUCGCCUUCGGCAAAUAAUUGUUAAUUAUUGAUUGUAAAGUUAAUAAAAAAAACCAAAAACAACUUUUUGACGGCUGGUGUAGUGACAGACAUGUGUAGCUAGUGCAUGCUAGUGUCAAUAAUUUGUUUUGAAUUUCUAGUUUAAACAGAUAUGUGACAGAUACAUUCGAGACAUUUGAGAGUGACGACAGCCCACUGUCAGACUUUAUUGAUGACUCUGAAAUCAAGACACACAAGAAAUCUCGUAGAAAGAAGAGGAGAAGAAAGAGUGGAGAAAUAUCAGAUGAAAUUGCAUCAGGAAGGAAAGAUGGUGAGACAAGUACUGGUAGAAAGUCGAGGUGCAAGAAAAAUAUUGAAUCGAGUUCAGACGAAGAAGCGCAAUCAGAGGACAAAAAUGACAUUCAUGAUGAAGUAGCCACUCAUACGAGGACAAGGAAAUGCAAGAAAACUAAGCAAUUAGGUUCAGAAAAAGGAACCCAAUCUUGUGCAAUAACUACUCGUACAAGAAGAACAAGAAAACAGAAAGCUGAACAGUUGAGUUCAGAUGACACAGAGGAAAACAUUGAUUGUGAAAUAACUCCUUCUGGAAGAAAACAAAGCCUUAAGAAAACUCAAUAUACUAGUUUGGAUGAUAAAAAGAAGCCAAAAAAACUGAGUUCUGGGGAAGACAGCAGCACUGAGGUGGAAGAAAGGAAAAAAGUAAAUAAACAUGGCAAAUAUGUAUCCUCUGUUUCUGAUGAUGCCAAGUCUAGCAGCUCUGACGACAAUGACAGUGGACAUAUCAAGUUACAAAAGAGCAAAAGGCGUUCAAUCUCAAACAAAAUAGACUCAGCAGAAAGUGAUGAAGAGCCAAAUCGCAAGUUAGUCAAGAGAACAAGAAGUGCAAAGAAGGAGAAAGAAGAAGCACUUUUGGCAAAGCUGACGGCAAAACGAAAGAUGGAAAAAGAGAAAGAGCAAAAUAACAAAGACACCAGUGUUGUUGAAGAUCUGGUUGAUGACAGUACGACACAAAAUGUGUUAUCAUAUGAUACUGAAGAAACACAAGACGAUAAUGUUCUCGAUUCAGCUGAUCUUUUUGAAGAAGGAGAAUCUGAUCGUGAAUUUGUUGUUGACAAUGAUUACGAAGACUCUGACUUUAAACAUCUUCACAAUGGAGUUGGCAAUGAUGUCUUAAAGCUGAAAGAAAAGAAAUCUAAUAGUUUUCAAAGGAUCCGCAUUCCUGAGUCAGAUGAGAGUGACAAUGAGACUGUUGUGGAAUCUGCAACAUUGGAUGUAUGCAAAGCUAUCAAAGAAAACAACAUUGAACGAGUAAAAUCUGUACUUGAAACAAGCCCAAGUAUUGUUCAUGAGCUUGGGCCAAAAAGACGUACAUUGCUACAUUACGCUGUUAUGUCUAGUUCAUCUGAGAUUACAAAACUCUUGCUUAAUUUAAAUGCUGAUAUGUUUGCUAUAGAUUCGUAUUCCCUACAACCUAUUGCAUAUGCUUUAUUAACUGGCCAUAUUGACUGCCUGAGGCUUCUUCUUGAAUAUACAGACCUCGAGGAGUUGAAUAAAAUGUACAUGCUUAAUUUCAAGUUUAGCAUAUUGCAUUUUGUCAUCCGUGAACAGACAAGUUUCCCUGACUUGAAAUGUGAGGUUGUAGGCGACCGUGGAUUGGUGCAAUGUUUGAGGAACUUGUUUGAAUGCGACAAAGCUUUGUUCUUGAAGUUAAUGCAGGAGAAAGAUUCUCAAGGCUUUACCCCUCUUGUGGCAGCCAUUAGUACUGGAAAUUCUCAGGUAACAUCAUUGAAACCAAUAAAAAUUUAAAAUGUUGUAGUUUAUUGCACUUUGAUGGCUACUCAUUUGCUAAGAUAACACUAGAACAGCCAAGAUCAUAGCAACAGGGGUGAAAAUGUACUGUCUUGCUUGACCCUUUAAGUGGCAAUGCACCCUACUUUAUUAUUUUAAAGGGAGAGUGCUCCCAUUCAGUGGGUUAACAAGUGAACCAACAUUGUUUUAUAGUGUGUUGAGUAUCUGCUGUGUAAUGGCGCAUCAACGGAUGACUAUUGUAGCUUGAAUGGAGGCAGUCUGCUACAUCUUGCAGUUGAAUGUUCUCUUGAACAAGUAGACAGAACUUCAUGUUUGAGAGUCUUGCUGAACACAAGUUUGAAGCAUAAAGUUAAUCAUGGUGAUAAUUCAGGUCCAUAAUUUUUGUUAUAAUUAAAUUACCAUGAUCAUCACUACCUAAUUACCACCACAAUUAUCAUCAUCAUCACACCCUAAUUACCACCAUCACUACAUACAGUAAUUAUCAUCACUACCUAAUUAUCACCAUCAUCACUACCAUCAUGAUCACUACCAUCAUUACUACCAUCAUCAUCACCCCCUAAUUACCACUAUCAUCACUGCCAGCAUCACCAUCGUCAUGAUGAUUUAUAAGCUGCUGCAUACCUCUAUAUUACCAACAUUCUUUCUUUGUACCAUCUUGUAUUUUAGGUUUCACACCAUUGAUGCAUGCUGCACAAAGUGGCAACCAUGAUUGUGUUUUGGCAUUGCUUGAAGCUGGGGCAUCAGUUUCAUGUAAAGUAAGUUCUCUGCUAUUUACAUGCUACUCUUUACAUGGUGUUGAUGGUGGUAAUGAUGGUGUAUUGGUGUUGAUGGUGGUAGUGAUGGUGGUAAUAUUGGUGUUGAUGGUGAUAAUAUUGGUGUUGAUGGUGGUAAUAUUGGUGUUGAUGGUGGUAAUAUUGGUGUUGAUGGUGAUAAUAUUGGUGUUGAUGGUGGUAAUAUUGGUGUUGAUGGUGGUAAUAUUGGUGUUGAUGGUGGUAAUAUUGGUGUUGAUGGUGGUAAUAUUGGUGUUGAUGGUGGUAAUAUUGGUGUUGAUGGUGGUAAUAUUGGUGUUGAUGGUGGUAAUAUUGGUGUUGAUGGUGGUAAUAUUGGUGUUGAUGGUGGUAAUAUUGGUGUUGAUGGUGGUAAUAUUGGUGUUGAUGGUGGUAAUAUUGGUGUUGAUGGUGGUAAUAUUGGUGUUGAUGGUGGUAAUAUUGGUGUUGAUGGUGGUAAUAUUGGUGUUGAUGGUGGUAAUAUUGGUGUUGAUGGUGGUAAUAUUGGUGUUGAUGGUGAUAAUAUUGGUGUUGAUGGUGGUAAUAUUGGUGUUGAUGGUGGUAAUAUUGGUGUUGAUGGUGGUAAUAUUGGUGUUGAUGGUGGUAAUAUUGGUGUUGAUGGUGGUAAUAUUGGUGUUGAUGGUGGUAAUAUUGGUGUUGAUGGUGGUAAUAUUGGUGUUGAUGGUGGUAAUAUUGGUGUUGAUGGUGGUAAUGAUGAUGGUAAUGAUGAAGAUGGUGAUGGUGAUGGUGAUGAUGAUGAUGUUAACGUGAAUUUGUCUCAAAAUGCAGUCUUAUGGAGCCUAAAUGUACAAUUUUUUACUAGGACCUUCGUGGUACUACAAUGGACCUAUUCCCUAAUGAACAAAAUUUUGAUCUAGACAAAGAUUUUAUCACAGUUUGAAAGAGCAUCACAAAAUUAGUAAUAUUCCGAAGUUUCGUUGCGAAAUGUUGUAAAACGCGGAUAAUAUAGCCCUGCGAAGUUUGCAGUCAUUUUGUGUUAUACGCACGGGAAAUUGAUACCUUUUUUCAGAAAGCGGUAUCAAUUUCCCGCUACAAAAUGACUGAAAAACGGCAAACUUCGUAGGGCUAUAUUAUCCGCAUUUUCCAACAUUUUCCAACGAAACUUCGGAAUAUUACUAAUUUUGUGAUGCUCUUUCAAGCUGUGAUAAAAUCUUUGUCCAUACUUGUCUAGAUCCAAAUUUUGUUCAUUAGUGAAUAGGUCCAUUGAGACACUCAGAUUGUUAACUAUGUACUUGUGCACACUCUCAGCAUGAUUAUUUUGUAGGACUUUCAUGGUACCACAAGUCUUCACUUGGCUGCAGCCAGUGGUGAUACCCAGGGUGUUAAACUGUUACUUCGUUAUGGUCAUCAAGUGGACUGUCUUGACAGCUGUGGAUGGCCGCCAUUACUGUAUGCUAAUUUUGCUGCUCAAGAAAGCUGCGUGCUGUCCCUGAUGGAACCAAAUCCCAAACAGAUAUUUGUUCUUGGAGAUUUACUCCAGAGAGGGAAAUCUGAAGCUGCCAAGGAACGCAAUUUUAAAGUAAGAAUAAAGUCUCCUGCGUCUAUGUAAGAUUUCUGUCUCUGAACAUAAUGUAAAGUGACAGUUGGUUCAGGCGUAAAAAUCUCACUGCUUGUCAACAAGAUGUGUUUGCACUGCUUGUUUCAGUUGUCUGGAACAAGGUUGAUGUGAAGCGCAAGAAGUCCCUUUACAAAUGCCAGAACUCUCUUUUCAAAUACCAGAGCUCUCUUUUCAAACGCAAGAACUUGGUUUUCAAAUGGCAGAACUCCCUUUUCAAAUGGCAGAACUCCCUUUACAAAUGCUAGAACUCCCUUUUCAAAUGGCAGAACUUGGUUUUCAAAAGCCUGAAGUACCGUUUCAAAACUUGAUGAGGCCAACAUACUCGCAACAAGUUGUUCCAACAAGUCUUAUAUGGUCUGUACGUAACAAAUUGUUCAUAAGUUGAUGACAACAAGCGUGUAGCAACUUGUUACGAACAGCCUGUAUUAGUCUUGUUGGAACAACUUGUAGCAAGUCUGUUACCGUCAUCAACCUUGUAACAAGAUGAUAACAACUUGUUCCAGACUUGUCACAACAACUGGGAACAAGCAGUGCGAACACAUCCUGAUAUCGGCUUGACAACAACCUUGUUACAACUUCUUUAUAAAUCAGUGACUACAGGGUAGUAAAUAGUGGUCGUCAGUGGUUAGAGAAACCCAGACUGUUGACAGUACAUUUAUCUUAAGGUGGUGAAAGACGUUCUCAUUGCUCUGGCUAACCAAGACGCGUAUUACCGAGUCUUUAACGACUUCGUACGACGUAAUCCAAACUUUCUAGAUGAGUAUGACCGCGGAUUGUUGCAUAAGACGUGGAGAGCUUUGCUUGAUUAUGACAAUAAACUGAGAUGGUUUAAACGCAAGUUGGCGAGCUUAAGGUGAGACUAUACCUGAAUAAAUUAUACUAGCCUGAUAGCAGGGUACACACUUAGAAACCUGCAGCAGACUUGUAGCAAUGCUGUUCGAACAACUUGUCAAGAGGAUGUGUUCACACUGCUUGUUCCCAGCUUGUUGACUGCUGCAGUAAUUUUAAUAAUAAUUACACACCAACAAAUCGUACGAUUUUCACGAUUCCCAAAUAUCCCCUCCAGCCUACCUAAGUUGGGGGGACAGGGACACUAACCCACGUGCCUACAACACUCACAAAUUGUACAAUGUGAAAAGGGACAUUGCACUUCCCUGUUGCUUUGGAAACCAGUAAUUCAUCUGUGUGAAAAGUGGUAUACAGAGUUGUUGAGCUCAACAGACUUGUUACAAAUUGUUCCAACAACUUGUUAUCGUCCUGCAAUUCCACAAUUUGUCAACAAGUUGUGAGUGACAACCUUGUAGCAACUUGAUAAAAUAACAGCAUUGUUACAACUUGUUGACAAGCUUGCUACAAGCCUAUUGCGAACACAUCUUGUUGGCAAGUUGUGAGAUUUUUACAUGUGUAAAAUUUUAUCACAAAUGGAUCAUCUGUUGAUCAUCUUAGUCUAAACACAAAACGACGAAUGAUCUUGACGAACUUGAGGAGAGAGUUUGUUAAUUUGGCAGAAAUAUGGAUCAACUCGCAUGUUCAUGGAUGAACUAUCUUUGUCCAACCACGUACAUCUCCAGUACAUAUAGGCCAACCACCAGUACAUAUGGUGAAAUAUUUGUGUAAUAUUUUUAGGAGUGACUGUGAUUACCACCACCACAUUCGGCUGCAAGUUGAUCGAGACGCCGUGUUUGAAAGUGCUAUGCAGAGACUAGGUCGUUUCAACGGCAGCAAGUUAAGGAAUUCUCAACUUGACGUCACUUUCAAAAAUGAAGCAGGUACGCUUUUUUCCUGGGGUGUUUUUUCACCAACUGCACAGGAAACCAAACAUUAAGAAAUUAUUGUGAACACAAAGUUGUGUAUGGUAUAUACAUGUAUCAUAAAUGUCACAAGACACUUCUUGUAAAAAAUAUAUGAUUGAAUAUUUAAGAUCGUGGUCUGUACCAGUGUAGGUAGUGGCAAUAAUAAGAAGGCUUGGGAUGGAACUUCGACGUUCUGAGCGAAGGCCUUUCGUCGUGAAGUUAGUACCUCGUCUUCGCUCGAAACGUCGAAGUUCUCCUUGUAUUUUUCAAGUGGUUGCAUGCAUCCCUAUCAAUCCGAGGCUUUCUUUGAACAUUCGAGACACAAAAACUCUUUCUUUCAGGAAUAUGCACGGGUCCAAAGAGAGAAUUUUUUGUGAACAUCUGUAAAGACAUCGUGGGUGAAGAACAUCAGUUAUUUCAUUUGACGGACGACAACCAGUACAGGUAUCAUACUACGACGUACAUUGUUAGCUACAAACUCGUUUUCCACUUCAGUCGUACCCCUUCUCACGUCUCGAAGGCGACGAAAAGGCGAUGCAGUUUGACUUUGAAUAUUACUAUGAUUUUUGGGCAUGAAUGCAAGUCAUAGGACAAUAUAUAGGCUAGUUUGAGAUUUUUGUGCAGUUUUUGGAGGCUCUCUGGUUUAAAAUAUAUUUUCUUGACUGCUAGUUUUCGUAGAAUAAAUCGUAGAGUAAAUGAAUAUUUUGAACCAGAGAGCAUCCAAGAAUCUCAAUGUGCAUAAUACGUUUCUGUCGGGCUCAAAACAUGCACGGAACAACAGAUUUGAUCAUUUCAAAACGUUUUCACUUUCCAGUUUUCUCCCCAAUGCAUAUUUUGCUGAGAUGGCGAAGGUUCAAGGUGGGCCAAUCAAGGAUGAGAAAAGUUCUGAUAAGACGGUAAGAAAGACCUCACCAAAAACCGUUACGGUUGCUUCAGCGGACUUGAUGGAUGAAGGAGGGGACAUGAUCAUUGCAAGUUUAGACACAACGGACGUAAAUCCUUCUGUUGAAUCCUGUUCAGCUGCAGAUCUUAGUAUAUCAACUGACACACCUCGCGAUCCUAGUAGAUCACUUGAUACACCUCGUGAUCCUAGUAUAUCACCUGAUACACCUCGCGAUCCUAUCGUCGAAACUCGUAACCUCUCCACAACAAACAUGGACGAGAUAGAGGAUGCAAUUAUUGCUGAGUUAGACGUCAACACUACUGUUAACUCGAGUACAAAUGUGGAUUCCAACGAACAAUCGUGUACAACUAUGGAACAAGAUAAUACCAAUAUGGAUACAGUUGAAAAUUCCACCGAAGGCCACACGCCUUCUAUGGUCUGCAUGGAUGAAGGGGAAGAUAGAAUUAUCGCUGAAUUAGACACUAGCGAGAUUGAUGCUUGUUCAAAAGACAGUCAAGCCAAUGCAGAAAUUGACAAGAUCGCUGAAAUGACAGCAGAAAUGAAGAAGCAGGAAUUUGCUGGACAUGUUGAUAAGAAACUAACAAAGAAUAUUUCACAACUAAAGUUCUUGGGAAAAAUUAUUGGUGCAGCAAUCUCUGAAGGAUUUUUCAUCAAUUUACAUUUAUGUAAAGCACUCGUGAAACAGGUGAGAAUAAGACAAAUGGUUGCCGUACGAUAUACUGUAGUCAUCUCUCCUGUAUGACAAUCUUAACUCGUGAAUAUCUUGAUGUACUUUCCCCAAUUUUGCGGAUUUUUCUUCAAGUCCAAAGGAUGAACCCUAACACCCUACAGUCUGGCUUACACUAUCAAAGUUUCUGUGAUCACAGUAGGAAUUUUGCAAAGGUAAAUUGUAAGUUUUGAAGGAUUUGUAAGAAAUGUUUGAGGAACUGACUCGUUGUUUAACACCAAGUCAGUUCCCUCAAACAUUUCUUACAAAUCCUUCAAAACUCACAAUUUACGUAUGCAAAAUUCCUACUGUGAUCACACAAGCGUUGGUAGUGUAAGGCAGGCUUGCACCUUGCUAUUAUCUAACUCUAAGUAACCAAACUUUUUAACUCGAUGUGAAAAAGUAAUGAUCUCGACUUAUUUUUAGAUUCUAGGUCUGAAACUAAGCCACCCUGAUGAUCUGAGUUCAUUUGAUUACAAACUUCACAAAAACUUAGUGACUUUUGUUGUUGAGAGUGAUGACGUGGAAGACUUGGAGUUGCCUUGUACGCUCGAUGUGUUGAACCCCUGGAAUAAACAUUUGACGACAUUGAAGUUGUUCUCUGAUGAGAGAAAUGAAGAGCUUUUGAAUGAGAAGAAUAAGGUUCGUCAUACAAUGAUAGUGAGCUGGAGCAAGCGUCACCCCUAGAGAACCUGCUCGCAGGCUAGCGUCACCCUAGAGAACCUGCUCGCAGGCUAGCGUCACCCGAAAAUGGGUAUAACUCAUUUUGUCCUCAUUUUGCAUAAAAAUGUUCUGUUCUGUCAUAUCUAAGGUCCGUGUUGACAAAAACGUUACUUGCUCAAGCUUCCUAAUAUUAAAUAUUGAAGAUUAUAAUUUGGGUCAGCAACCACACAAAUCUAACGUUUUACUAUAAGCUGUCUAACAAUGCGAACUACACGCAUAAAAAAGCCUGCAACAAACCUACAUCAGACUUGUAGCAAUACUGUUUCAACAACUUGUCAACAGGAUGUGUUCGCACUGCUUGUUCCCAGCUUGUUGACAACUUGCUACAAGGUUGUUGAGCUCAACAGACUUGUUACAACUUGUUACAACAACUUGUUAUCGUCCUGCAAUUCAACAAUUUGUCAACAAGUUGUGAGUGACAACCUUGUAGCAACUUGAUGAAAUAACAGCAUUUUACAACUUGUUGACAAGCUUGCUACAAGCGUGUUGUGAACACAUCUUGUUGACAAGUUGGGAGAUUUUUACGUGUGUACCUGAAAAAGAAAUGAAAAGACGUUUAACGUUUUGUGUGGAAGACCUUCGUGAACAUGUUAAACGAGGGGCGCAAUGUUUAUCGCUAUGUACAACUGUUUAGGUUGAAUACGUUGACUUGGUUUCCCAACACAAACUGACAGUUUUGAUCAAGAAAGAAAUGGACGCACUUUGUCAAGGACUUUAUGAGGUUUGUACAUUUACAGCGCUGCAGAUGACAGCCAUAUCUUCGGAAAUGUGGCACGUGUACCAGCAAGAAGAUGAAAAUUAAUGUAACUUCUGUGUAUUUUAGGUGAUUCCAAAGCCACUGUUCAGUUUGUUCACUGCGGACGAGUUUUCUCUGUUGAUCAAUGGAGUUGGGAAGAUUGACGUCGAAGAUUGGCGAAAAAACACAAUAGUAAGUUACCAAGUUCACUCUUUCCAGAAUCCUUUACCGCCUCAUAGUUUCAGCAAAUAUAAAACUAAUGUUAUAACGAAAAAAGAGUGCCUUUUAACAACACAUCUAUUUUAAAAACUAUAUAUUUCGAAUCCCAAGCUUUCAGUUAAAUUUGUUUUUGCUUUUCUUAUGUUCUGUAGUACUCACCUGCACACGCAGCAAGCACGUGCAAUGAAAUAAAAUGGUUUUGGGAUGUGGUGAAGGAGUUGAAGGAAAAUGAGAAAGCAUUGUUGUUGAAGUUCAGCACUGGAUCGCCAUGUCUGCCUGCUGGAGGAUUCUCUCAGUUACAGGUAUAGCAGUUGAGACAUCGUAGUUUGUUGCUGCUCUGUACACACGUAAAAAUGUCACAACCUGUCAACAAGAUGUGUUCGCAACAGGCUUGUAACAAGCUUGUCAACAAGAUAUGUUCGCAACAGGUUUGUGGCAAGCUUGUCAACAAGUUGUAACAGUGCUGUUAUUUUAUCAAAUUGCUACAAGAUUGUCACUCACAACGUGUUGACAAAUUGUUGAAUCGCAGGACGAUAACAAGUUGUUGAAACAACUUGUAACAAGUCUGUUGAGCUCAACGUCCUUGUAGCAAGUUGUCAACAAGCUGAGAACAAGCAGUGCGAACACAUUCUGUUGACAAGUUGUUGGAACAGCAUUGCUACAAGUCUUCUGCUGCAGGUUUGUUACAACUUGUACGUUUUUACGUGUGUAGUUGACGUCCAUUUGCUGAAUGCUUGCUGAAACCAUCAAUUUUUGUCAUAUAUUCUCCACUGUAUUAAGACGCAUUUUCUGUUGUUCAGGGUCUUGGCGGUGCAACAAAGUUCCACAUCAGUAUGAAGUCGGAGUGUAACAAGGUAAGACAUUGUUCCAGCGUAGAUAACACAAACCAUAAUUAGCAUAUUACACGACGCAGCAAACUUCAUGAAACAUAUGUUUAUCACCUAGAUCCCAACAGCAUCGACAUGUUUCAACCAGCUGAAACUUCCCAAAUAUGAGAAUAGUAAGGACUUGAAAGAUAAGUUACUGAUAGCAAUAAGACAUGGGACUGAAGGAUUCUCUUUCUCCUGAAUGUCGUGCUUUCUCCCGAAUGUCGUGCUCUUUCUCCCGAAUGUGGUGCAACGUACUGUCAGUGCUGGUGUUUCGCUGCAAUAACUGUAACAACUCUAUCAACAAGUAUGACAAGUUCUAACAUAGUCAAUAGAAUAAGAAGGUCAGGGAACUCGAUGCAGACAUAAUAGACUUCAUUAUCUAUGUUUUUGUCUUGGUUUAUGCAAGAAAUGGUCGAUUCAUCGUCACGUGUGUAUUGUUUUUUUCGUCCAACCAACCAAUAGCUGUGUGUUGAUUUAAUUACAGGUCUUGAUUAUUACACAAUGGUUAAAUGAAGACAUAGCUAUUGGUUGCUCUAGCGAAAAUACAAUACACACGUGACGAUGAACCAACCAUUUAUUGCAUAACCCAAGACAAGAACAUAGAUAAUGAAGUCUAUUACAGUAGGUCUGCAUCGAGUUUCCUAACCUUCUUCUAUUGACUAUGGUCCAAUGGAAGGAUUGUCAUAUGUUACACAGAAGUUGGUAAAAAUGAUUGAACUACAUGGAACAGUUCACAGGAUAAUACUAGGUUAUAGCACUAAAUGAAAUAUAGAAUAGGAGCACUUGUGGAUGCGACAUUUGCCGAACGCACGUUUGUAAAAUGGUUUUAAAUCAGCAUUAGCAGCCUUCAUCAAAACUAUAAAUCUAAAAUAUUCAGUCCACAUAGAAGUUACAAUACGAAAUAAUUCUUGUUGAGUAAAUAAUUAACUGCGCUUUCCUCUGACGUCAGGCUGUUCAACAUUGCGCCCGUGCACAUUAGCCGCUGAAUGUUAUUUCUAAUGACGUCACAUUUACUAUGCGCAUGAUAAAUAUGCAAGAGUCCUGGGUCGGCUGCUCGUAUGACGUCAUAAUUAUGUCUUGAUAUAAAUUUUUCAAAAAACUGUAUAUCUUCGUAACCCCAUUCUUUGAUCCCCACGUUGAAUCCACCUAUGACUAUGACGUCAUCGCGGUAUGCACACACCGGUCCAUACGAAUAUAGAGCCCAGUCCCCAACCUCUCGGUCAAAUGACCGGAAGUAGCUGGUUGAAUUGAGUUUAAAACCAAGAAUCUUGGGAUUGAAUAAUUUAAACAUCACUGGGAAAUAGACCCGUUUCUUAGCAACGGUGUUAUGACGACAGCGCUGUAGAAAUUCUAUGUUGAAUGUUAAAUCGACGUCCGCAAAGAAUAACAACUUGUUGUCUUGGUAGAAAUCUACCGCAGCCUGCAACGCCCGCGCGCGGGCAAACUUCCCAGGCAGGUUGAGCCAAGUGAAGGUUGAACCGUUGUACGUCAUGUUAUAUUUGUCAAAUAUUUUCUCGUGUUCUGCAGACGAUGCUGUUUCUGGGAAAUACACAACAAGGAUGCUGAUUGGCUCAUGUUUCUGUAAUAUAUUCUGUUCUAAGUUUUUCAUGAAUUGUUUGAAGUUCUGCAGUCUUCCCGCCAGUGGUACGACAACAGUGACUGUCAUUUUCUGAGAAUCUUGGAACAUUCUGCUUUGUAAAGCGCCAAACUCUUGGCUAGAUCUUGCAAUAUGACGCUCUUUGUUGGUGAAAAUAUUUAACCGAUAUUGCUGCCCGCUGAUUGGUUGAUUCAAUACAUACCCAUAAUACAAUGCGUGGAACUGUGUGUUUUCGUGAUGAGAAUUGCUGAUUGUCUUCAUGACUGUCUUAAUUACCCUCGUUAUCCCCUUCAGUUCAUGAUUGUGCAAUGACCAGGGAACUUUGCUGUUCACUGGGAAGCUUUUACCGAGAGUAAACAUUGUUCCAAAUUCUACUUUCUGCUUAGAACCUUUAUAAGCUGUUGUUCUUAUCUCUGCUAUCUUCUCGUACACUGAACUGGAUAUGAAACCUUGAAGCAUGUUCAAUUUCGUUUGGAGAACUUUGUAGUUUUUACUCAAAGCACGUACUCUCUUCGUCAGUAGUUGCACGCGUAGUCUGUACAGACAUUCCAGGUUAUUUGAUAGAUCAGCUGUCAUUGUCUGUAUUAGAAGGUCUUUAUAUUGAGUUCGGCAAAUGACAGGAUUUAAAAUUUCCUCACUCUCUGUGCUGUUC